GCGAGUACCGCAUGGAAAGUGUUUAUUGCGAUUGCGCAUGGAAACUAAAGAAUCACGUUGUUUUGGUAGCUGUGCGGCUUCUGAACCAUGUCAUUAGCAGCAGCAGCGUCCGUUAGUUAUAAGCGCCUGUUUCGCAACCUCUUCUCAAUACAGUUUGUUGGCCGUGUCGCGCAGCUGGCGACUGCCGCCGCCGCCGAGAAUGGGACGGCGACGCUACGCACGCCGGUCUACCUUCAGCACAAGAUGCGCCAGUUGCGACGCAAGCUGAUCGAGAAAGAUCGAGCAAGGGUGCAGCGGCUCGGUCAACUGGGCAACACUCGUCGGCCCGUGGUCACCUGCCGCCGGCCGGAGCGUAACUGGAACUGGGGACAGACUACAGUGGGACAGCCGCUCGCAUCGGGCGGCUGGGCUCGCCCGUCGCGGAGCGACGGCGAUCACUUCACGGUGCGGCGGCUGGCCGACGCGCCGCCUCCUCUAGAGGCGGACCCGUUUCCGGACUGGCUGGACCCGCGACUGCUGUCCGCGCUGCAAGCGAUGUCCAUCACCAGGCCGAGUCCUGUGCAGGUCGAAUGCCUGGAAGUGCUGACGCAGGAAACGAAGCGCCCCGUACUGUGCCUGGCCGAACCCGGCAGUGGCAAGACGCUGGCCUACCUGCUGCCCCUGCUUCAAGGGAUGCUGCAGCAGCUUCAGCAGCGGCAGCCGCAGGCCCUGGUUGUGGCUCCCAGCCGGGAGCUGGCCGCGCAGUUGGCCGCUGUGGCACACGCUCUGACCAACGCCUACAACCUCAAAGCGUGCCUUCUGUCAAGCCACGUACAGACCGCUCACGUAGAACAAGCACAGCUUCUGGUUUCCACUCCAGGUGUGCUCCGGCAUACGGACCUGCGGCGUGUCACGCGGCUGGUGCUGGACGAGGUGGACACUUUGCUCGACGGCAGCUUCCUCGAAUCCAUCACCGGCAUUGUGGAUGAGAUGGUACGUCCAGACACACAGCUGGUACUGGUGGGCGCGGCACGACCCGAGCAUGACGCCCUGUCACAUCUGCUGGGUGACCAGGAGGCGGACCUGUUGCGCAUCACCAGCCCGCAGCUCCACCGGCUGCUGCCCCACGUGGAGCACCGAUUCCUCCGCGUGCGGCCUGCGGCCAAGAUGGCCAAGCUGAUGGAACUGCUGCGGAGUAGGGGCCAGGCGCAGUUGGUGUUUGCCAACACGAGCGCCUGCUGCAAGUGGCUGGGCCACCUGCUCCGCGAGAACGGCAUGGAGGCCGCCUGCCUCCAUGGGGAAAUGCCUGCGCAGGAACGACGACAACAAUAUGCACGCUUUGCCAAGGGCGAGACGGACUUCUUGGUGUGCACCGAUCUGGGAUCACGGGGCCUAGACACGUCACGUGCCAGCCGCGUGAUUAACUUUGACCUGCCUGCAGACGUGGCCGACUACCUGCACCGAGCGGGCCGCGUGGGUCGCCUGCAGGGAAGCCCGCAUGCCACAGUCAUCAGUCUCGUGGCGUCUGUGGCCGACGUGCAUUUGGCGCAGAGUAUUGAGAUAGCUGCCCGUGAGGCAAGGCCCAUCAAUGAUAGGUGAUGGCCCAAGAAGCAUUUCCUGUACAAGCAAGGUGGACAGAUGAAGAAGAGAGCCAACAGGACGUGAAAGUCUCGUCUCCGUAGCCAACGAGUAUUGAAAAUGGCCCCAUUGCAGUAGCCAGUAGGAUUCUAAAAGUGCGGAGUUGCCAGGGACAGCCACUCUGCCUUAAACCGCUGGAAGUGUGUUCUCCAACUGUAUUACACCCUGGAUUUGUUCAAUGUAGACACUGAAAAUAUUAUGCGCCGAAUUUAUGCCUCUCGAUGUGGUACGUUAUUUUUUCUUCUGGCUGCCAGUUUCAUCACACUAAAUUAAUUCAAACACCCAAUUAUUUAUUUCGAAUGUGUUUCACGUUUCUUUCAAAUAGCCCGGACAUUACUCUAUGAACUGGUUGGUUGAACACAGGUGCCGAAGAAAUUACUGUAUUUACACGAUUUUAGCACAUUCUUCAUUGUUUUGUCUUGUAGCGAUUUACUGAAAUAUGGCACUGAUCAGGACUGAGUUUGAAAUCGAAACUGAAACUAGUUGCGUCCAAAUCUUGCCCCUUCGAUUUCGUAUCCUGUCUCCCAGACUUGCUCUGAUGGCGUUACCGGAAGUUCGUCGGAGAUCUUAAGCAUGCCCAGUGUUCUGCUUAAUAUACUGUGAAAAUUAGGUCACUUGUAAAUACAGAUGUGUCAUUCAUGCUGUCUCACUGUACUAUGUCUUUUUUAUUGUAAAUAUUCUCCGCAGCCAAGCUUUACGGGACUCGCGAUGCGAGGUGGCAAAGACCAACAAUAAAACACAAAUGGAUAGCUU